AUGCUGCACGUCUCUGCACCACUACUCAUCGCUCUCCUACCAAGAUCCAAACCAGUGGCUACCACUCUCUUCGCACAUCUAUCUACAUACGAUACACUUCCAUCCCACGAUCUCCAUCCAACUCCCGACGAAGAAGACGAGGCCGAGAGGAGCGGGCCGAGAGGCGCAGGGAGGAGGACCAUCCCACGACACGGAGUCGUAGCACAACUCAGCGGCCAUCGACCAGCACUGGACACACUGGCACUGGCACUGGCACCAGCACUGGCACCAACACCAACUGGGUCCACGACUCCACGGAGGCAGGAAUUGGCGCGAGCGCCCGGCUUUGCCAAAGCUGCUGGGGGGGACGAAGAAACGAGUGGGCCCGCCGACCCUACCCUGACCCUGAAGGGGCCUGAGCUGGCCUCCAAGCUACGGAGGAGGAGAUUCAGUGCUAAGCUGGGCCGGCCGCACUGGUGCUGGUGUCGAAGGUCCUUUGCCAAAACACCCACGAAAAUCCUCGCUGGGUGUAUUACCUACUUGUCCGCUCCGGACUUGACCUCUCAAACCGAAAAGCUGGAUCUCCCAUCGAUCUCGCAAGUGCAAACCCGGGGACCUUCGGACGUACCAUAUUACAAUCAUCACGCCGCUCAGCGACCGCUGUAUGUGAAUGAUAGGCUGCCCUCACUGCCUUUGCCACAGCCGCAACAGGCAUAUUCGUCCGGUACCUCGUCGCCCCGGGUUGGUUCUCUUAGCUCAUUGGGAUCCUCUUCGAUCCUGAACAGCUCGCAUUCGUCUUACACAACUGGAAGCUCGACGAACGGGCCCAAGACUCCUUCACCAACGCUCCCGGCCAACACCGGCCUCCCGGUGUCCUUGUCGCAAACGCCAUACAGCAACGCCUCCACGCCUGGCAAUAACUAUUCUUACAGUCAAGAUCCAUACCCUAACAUGAACCACCCCCCUCAAGAUAUGUACUACUCUCAGCACAUCUCGGCUGGACAGCCUCCACCACCGCAAACGGUCACGUCAGGCGGCAUGGGCCACUAUCCCCAGCAGCACCAACAGCCGCCACUUCUCCAACCCGGGCCGGCGCAGUACUCCCCCGCGCCCGCAGCUUACAAUCAAUAUGGUGGUUAUACAAAUGGUCUGACCUCCCCCCAGUCUGCAGGCCAUCAAGUUCCGGGUUCAAUGGGUGGGCCAGGGAAUGUAUUGCCGCUGCCAGCGAUGGCCGCGGGCCAACCUGGUAUGGCUGGACAAGGCUACGGCCCUCAAGGGUUUGACACAACAGGGCAGAUCGCUCCCCCGGGCAUGAAGCCAAGGGUGACUGCGACCCUAUGGGAGGAUGAAGGGAGUUUGUGUUUUCAAGUCGAGGCAAAAGGAGUUUGCGUGGCUAGACGAGAAGAUAAUCACAUGAUCAACGGCACCAAACUUCUGAACGUCGCGGGAAUGACCCGAGGCCGAAGAGACGGAAUUCUCAAGAGCGAGAAGAUGAGACAUGUGGUCAAGAUAGGACCAAUGCAUUUGAAAGGCGUCUGGAUACCAUUUGAGCGCGCGCUGGACUUUGCGAACAAGGAGAAGAUCACCGAAUUAUUGUAUCCUUUAUUUGUUCACAACAUCGGCGCCCUUCUCUACCACCCCACAAACCAAACUCGCACGAAUGCCGUGAUGGCUGCUGCGGAGAGGAGAAAGCAGGAGCAAAAUCAGAUGCGCACACAACCGCCUGGCCUGCCUUCUCUGCACCAACACCAUCAUCAUUCUAUGAACCCCUCAGGUGGGCAUCUGCCAGGACCGCACAACUCUCUCGUCCCCCAUCCGAGCGUUGGUCGCCCAGGUCUCGACCGCGCGCAUACGUUCCCCACGCCUCCCACUAGCGCGUCAAGUGUGAUGGGUAAUAUGGGAAGUUCAGAUGGAAGUUUUCAAUGGGGUCCUCAAGGGACAAUGGGUAGCGUUCAAGGUACAAAUCCCCUGUCUAUUGACACGGGUUUAAGCAACGCACGCUCAAUGCCUACAACUCCAGCAACGACCCCUCCGGGGACCUCGAUCCAAAGCAUGCAGCAAUAUCAACAGAGCUCGCAGCCCUAUGAUUCUUCACGGCAGAUGUACUCCGCGGCACCUACCCAGCAAAAUUCAUACUCUCAGUCUGCGCCCAGCCAACAGAACAUGGCGCCCUACUCGCAACCGAAUUCGUACAUCAAGAACGAGAUGGGCCCGCCAUCAGCGAGAGCGCCUGGCUCAGAACCUGAACAUCAUGAUGGCAAGGACGCGAAUGGGAUCCUCCAUCACAACCAGGGAAACGGGCAGGUGAAUCACAGUCAAGAGGAUGAAGGGAAUCAUGAGCAUGACCCAGAGUACACCCACGACAGCUCCACGAGUUACAACACCAGUCGCCAAUCAUAUACCUACAACAACGGCACCACGGUCGGAUCAUUAUCGGGCGAGCAUGCCCACUUGUCACCCGAGAUGACUGGCUCCCCCGGCCACACAGCCUCGGGACGGGCAACUCCACGAACAGCAUCCGCACCACAGCCGUACUACGGCCAGCAAGGUGGCUACAGCACUCCCCCGCGAGUCCAGCCACCGUCGAGUAAUUUGUAUAACGUAAUGAGCAGUGAGCGUGGGACUGCGAACGGAAGUGCGGGUGGUGAUGUAUAUUCUUCGGAUAUAUCCAAUGGCUACCCCUCACAACAAACUGUGAUGAAUGGGGCUCCCACGGGUAACAAACGUGGCCGGGACGACGACGAUGACGGCCGCCCUCCCAGCCAGGGUCCAGGUGGUGUAGCGGAUGUUGACGGUUUGAAGAGACGGAAGACGAUCCGCGAGGGAUCAGUAUCUGGGCCGACUUAUGAACCAUCGCUGAAUCGAGCUCGAUCUACCAUCAUACAACGACGCCGAUAA